AUGCCGGCUCAGUGGUCCAGUUGGUUAAGCGUUCGCGAGCAAGACCGAAGGCCCUGGGUUCGGAUCCCGCUCACGGGAUCGUGGAUGCGCACUGCUGAGGAGUCUCACAAUAGGACGAAACGGCCGUCCAGUGCUUCCAGGUUUUCAAUUGUGAUG